AUGCCGCUGGACAAUAUAAAUAGAUCUCAGUUCUCAAUAAGGCGUUCUGAUUUGAUUGGACAGUGCGUUUUCUGGGAGAUCGACCAAUCGCAAAGAACGUGGCUGACGCGUGGAUGUGUUCGCGUUGAUCGUGAGUCAAACCCGCGUGUAACCACGUGCGAGUGUGAUCACUUAACCAUCUUUGCAGUCUUACUGAACAACAAGCCAGUAAAAUCUCGUCAUCAGCCGUACUUCAAAUAUAUUUCUACUGUAGGUUGCGCAUGUUCACUUUUCUUUCUGGUGCUCACUUGUGUGACAAUCUUAGCCUGUUGGAAAAAGUUGAGAAGUUUUCGGAUAACAAUGUUACUGCAUUUGUUUGCUGCCAUUUCGGUUUCUUGUCUUCUAAUUAUUAUAGCUGGAAAAGCAGAAAGACCAAAGGAGUUAUGCACAACAGCCGCAGUGUUACUCCAUUAUUCCCUCCUGUCUGUAUUUUUCUGGAUGCUAUGUCAUGGUGUUAUGCUGUACUUCCUGAUAUUAAAGGCUGAACGGCAAGAAAUUCUGGCAUUGAAAAAGAAAUGGUUCUACGCUCUAGGAUGGGGUGUUCCAGUCCUAAUAGUGGCCAUUUCUCUGACAGUAACUGGAAUCAAGUUCUAUGCAGCAAAUAACUGUUGGCUUACAACAGAACAUUGGCUCAUUUAUUGGGCGUUUGUUGCUCCAGUUGCCGUAAUCCUAUUAAUCAACUCAAUUCUGUUAAUUUUCUUGCUCCGUCGGGUACUGAGAGCGACUAAAACCAAAAACAACAAAACACCUGCCAAGCACGUGAAGGAUUGGUUGAGACGUUUUGCAAUGCUACUGCCAGUUCUGGGUGUCACGUGGUCGUUUGGCUUUCUCACGUUCAUUACAUCAACAGCUGUGUUUCAUUACAUAUUCACCAUAUUGAAUUCGUUCCAAGGACUUUUCAUAUUUGUGAGCUUCUGCAUUCUAGACGAUUCGGUUAAAAAAUGUAUUGAGAGUAUUUUGUGUGAGAAGAUGAAUACCACGAAGAGAGACACAAGAGAAGGAAACACUGUUUUUCAGGAGUAAAUAAAGAGUUACAACUGAUUUAAAAAGACACAUGGAACAUUUCACUUGGAAUAGCUUAUAACCGCUGUACAAAGUCCUCCACAUAUUUUUUCUACCUUUAAUGGUUCUGCUUUUACUUUGUUUUUUUCUUUUGUAUAUUUGCGUGAGUAUUGAUAAAAUUGAUCAUUUCCUCAGACACUAAGUUACCUCUUGGCCAACUGAGGUUUGAACAUCGUGUUCAAUUUUAUGGUAAUUGUCUAAAAAGGGUAAUUUCUGCGUUGAUUAGUAAGACGGAAAGCGAUAAAAAGGUUUCUAUAUUGAGUACCGGCCACAUGACAGUAAAUGAGCUUUGGCUUUCUCAGCACUUUCAAAAAGCAAGAGACUAAAAUAAUAGGGAGGAAAUUAAGGUAAAUAUAUCUCCUAAACAAAAAAAAUUAUUACGCUUUUUUUGACUAACACACAUGAAAUAAAUACCAACAAAAGACUGUGCUUUUUUUUGCUUUCUUUUUCUAAUAGUUGCUUUGUAUCUGUAGGCAAGGAAAGUACGUUUCCGUAAUCAAAAAACAGAAUAAUAUUAAAACGACGAACAGUGAAGAACUAGAAGAAAAAGG